AUGUGGGGGCAGUGCGCGCCUCGCAUAGGGGAGCGUCGUGGUUGUAAAACUUUUUGGGUUCUAAAGAAGGCGUCUUAUCCUGGUGCAUCUCUGGAUAGCGUGGUGAGAGGUGCCUGCGACUGGACGCGCCUUGCCAAGGAACGUAUGGUUAACAAUGCUCGAGGGCGGUAG